AAUGGAAAGAUGGACAUUUGGCUCCAACUGGCGCAAGUCUUGAUGCACUAAGUGAUGGUGCUGCAGAACUUCCUAAAUUACUAUUGGUGGUUGUCUCCGUGGUGGGCUCUCUGCUGCUAGCUUUAAACGUUGUCUUGGUUAUAUGUUUCAUCAAAAGACGGAAAAGCAGACAUAGUCAACCUAGGGGAAGCCCCAAGACUCUAACGCAGACUACUACUCCAGAUUCCUUGAUGUACACUCCCAGUAAAUACCAGCAAUCCAUUAAUGGAGAAGCUAUCUGUCAAGUUGAUGAUAAGGAUAGCUAUCAAGAAGAAAUACUCAUGAAAGAACUUUUCGAAGCCAAGAAGCAAGUUAGUGAAUGCAUUCCAGGGUAUCAAACUACAAAAUCAUAUGAUCUUUCCCAAUCCAGGAAAAAAGACAAUUGUCCUGACAUAUUAAAAAAUCGGGGAAUGGAUCACGUGAGCUUACAAUCUGUUCCUCUUAGCACAACCUUGUCAUCAAGUGACGUCAUCACUUCCCUCUCCGACGAUUCUCACUACACUAGGAGGGUCCUGCUCCCAGACGAUCCGACACUGUGCCACACGAGACAGACGGACAGCCCACCGGGUAGUUGUAUCCUGGGAACAGUCGGGAGCCAUCUAGUGUGAUACCUGCAAUAUGCCAUCUUGGCUCAACACUUCUACAGCAUGGGCAAAAGAAGAGUGACCAAAUAUGUCUCCUCAACUCUUCAUCGAAAUAUCGAAAAAGUAUAUUAAAAUAUCGUUAAAGACGAACACUCUUUUCAUAUUUUACAAGAAAAAUGGACAGUUUUCUCACAUCAUCAGUAGAUGUCUUCGCUCUUCCUUUUGGAAAUGUUUCAUAUUUUCUUUAUAUAAAAUAAUUUCUCCUCCGAAUUUAUUUUGCAAGUAGUGCGAUGGAACAUUUGCUCGAAUACCUUCUUAAAGAUUACAGUAAAUUAAAUAAAUAAAUAAUAUUAUUUUGCCUAUCUAUUUCCCACCAAAUGUUAGAUUAAAUUGAUUUAAAAAACAUCGUCUUUUUCCUUUUGUAUAAAACUUUACUUAACUCCCCCCUUUCUGUUAAAUUAAUAAAACAAUUAAAGUGGAUCUAAAAAAUACUGUUCGGAAGUAAGCUUAAAAUUCAGACACUAACAUAAUACAAACUAUAAUUGUAUUUGUAAAUAAAAUGUAAAGCAAUAAAAUUAUGCUGAAAAACCUGCGCAUGAAAACAUAUUUCGAAAGACUUGAAAAUCCGAAAAUUUAUUCUACAUUAAAAAGGGGGAUUUUUUUUACUGUCACCUAAAGCAUUCAUAUUCAGUUCUUUUUAAAAAAACAAAAAUGCAAAAAGAAAUGCUACCAAAAUUCGAAAAAUGAGUGUAACGCUACCUGAGACAUGUGUCGGUUUGAUUUCAGAUUGCUGAAUAUCCGUAGGAUUAAAUAUUCGGGUUAAAUAAAGUGAAUCAAUGCUUUCCUCCUUUGCCCAGUUUUGGAGUCGAUUCAGUUUAGAAAGGAUUCGUUUGGUGCAAUUGCCAGGAAGACGAUUGCCGAAGAGGGAGGACAAUAUGUUCAUGCUACUGAGAUAUUGCUCGUUUCUGGCAUCUGACAUUUUGAAAAUAUUUUGUAGCAUAUCAGUUUACUAAAAUCUACUCUAACAGUUCUGAGAAAACGGUUUGAAAACUUCGAUCACCUUCUGCUUAUAUGUGAACAUGGAGUGACUCAAUAACCAAUCAGCGCUUGCUUCGGAAAAAAAAGUUCAGAUAUAGACGGUACUGCGCUUUUACUUUUAGCCGGUACGUUGUUUGUUUCUACGCCUUUUUGCUGGGUCGAUCUCCCUAGGCCAUUUUCUACUGGAAACGAGACCGCGGCAGUAGUAGAACAAAUACAACCUCUCAACUGCCAAACAAUAGCAGUAACGCUUAGCCAGCAUCUGUAUAUGUAUAUGCUUUUAUCUACUAUUAGUAAAAAAUAACUGGAACCUGAAAAUGAAAUAGAAAUGGAAGGCCUCUAAGAAAGGCGUUUUUGUUUUGAAAGCAUAGAAUUUGGAAAAAUUCUCCAAGUAAAGUCAUUAAAACCGAAUUAAAAGAAAAUCUUUAAACCAAGUGGCCUACAUUCUAAUACUUCUUUGCGCCGAAGUAUUGUUUAAAAACGAACAUAUCAUAUUUAUAGAUCUACUGAAAUUUUAUUCGCUUCAACCUAAAACAUCAUUUUAUCUCUUUUAGGAUCACUUCUUUCUCUUCCUUUCGUUUGGCAUUUCAUUAAAAUGGAUAAUAAAUGGUUCCCUGAGCUUCACUAAAGCAAUCGGAGCAAUAACUUUAGUGAGUUGUGUGUAUGCCUCCAAGAAGCGCAUGGAUUCAAGUAAUGCAAUACAAUUCGGAGUUCGUAGUGUUUAAAAAAAAAAAAAAAAUCUUCGUAAAGUUCGUAGUUUUUCAGUCAUUUAGUGAUAGCUAAUGAUGCUGGCGCCAUCUAUCCAUCAAAGAGGAAAACUUCGUAGUUACCGGUCGUAUAGUGCCGAUUUGCGGAUAUUUUCGAUUGAAGACCGGUUCUUCAAAAGAAAAUCAAUAAUAAUUAAAAGCAUACCGAAAAUGCAAACCUAAAUUCACCGUAUCUUUCCUGCGAGCAUUUAUUCAAAUUAAAAAAUGAUUAAAUAACUCCAAUUAGAACGCAAGACGGAAGUGAAUUCCAAAGAUUAGGAUACGAAUCAUUAUAGGUUUGGUAGGGUUUCUGUAAUUUGGUAGGAUUUCUAUAAUUUAUUUUUUGGUAGGGUUUCUGUAAUUAGCAGCCGAAUGAAUCAGUAAAGGAAAAUUAAUUUAUUGGCAGAUUUUGCUGUGAUGGCACUAUAUACUAAUUAAUGAAGUCAUUGUAAAAAAAAAAAA